CCAGUGACCUGGCAGCCAUCCACAGAAGGUGACCAUCUAAUCGGUCGAAUCACGUUGAGCAAGAGGAGCGCUAUGCCAAAGGAGGCAGGAGCCCUGCUCGGACUGAAGGUGGUAGGGGGCAGGGUCACUGAGACAGGGAGAUUGGGGGCUUUCAUCACCAAAGUCAAGAAAGGCAGUCUGGCUGACGUGGUUGGUCAUCUGCGUGCAGGUGAUGAGGUUCUUCAGUGGAACGGAAAGUUGUUGCCCGGCGCAACGCAGAAAGAAGUUUACAAUAUCAUUUUGGAAUCUCAAACUGAACCUCAAGUGGAACUGGUGGUAUCCAGACCCAUUGGUGAUAUCCCAAGAAUCCCAGACACAUCCCAUCCUCCAUUAGAAUCCACAGGUUCCAGUUCAUUCGAGUCCCAGAAGAUGGAACGCCCGUCUAUCUCAGUCAUGACUCCAUCCAGCCCCACCCUCAGAGACACGCCUCACUUCCUGCCUGGAAGCAUCUCUGUGAAGUUGUGGUAUGACAAGUUGGGUCACCAGCUCAUAGUGAACAUCCUGCAGGCAGUAGACCUGCCCACCAGGCCGGACGGACGACCUAGAAAUCCCUACGUGAAAAUGUACUUCCUGCCAGACCGCAGUGAUAAGAGCAAGCGGAGGACCAAGACGGUUAAAAAGAGCGGCGAUCCGAAGUGGCACCAGGGGUUCGUCUACUCGCAUGUCCACCGACGAGACUUCAGGAACCACAUGCUGGAGAUUACAGUCUGGGAUCAGCCACACAUGCCAGAACAGGACAGUCUGUUCAUGGGAGAGGUUCUGAUAGAGCUGGAAACAGCUCUGCUGGACGACCAGCCCCACUGGUACAAGCUGCAGACCCAUGACUCCUCCUCCAUCCCCCUCCCGCGCCCCUCCCCCUACCUGCCCCGCCGACACGCCCACACCGACACGCCCACCAAGAAGCUCCAACGUUCUCAGCGUGUCGCUGAGUCUGAGAUUGAUGAGGGUACGACAGCAGUGCCUAAAGCUGCAGACGGGCGUGGCCGGGAGCGUCAGAGAGAGCAGCCUAGCACGCUGGAGGUUCCAGAGCAGAGGGGCUCUCACCAUCGCUCCCGCUCCGUGUCCCCGCCCCGGGAGGAGCAGGCAAACACACGCUCACGCCCCCCCAACAUCCCCGCCCAGAGGAGUUUAGAUGAUGAUAUGCAUCAUGGUCGUCGGUCUCGUUCGCCCACCCGCUACUACGACUCCACUAGAGGGCGCCAACAGGAGGAGGAAUACCUGGACGACAGGCAACCUCAAACCCUGGACACGUCCUCCUGUCAGACUCUGGCCCAGAAACCCUCUGACAACAACAGGGGCCACCUCCAAGGGUGGUGCGUCUCUCUCUUCCUCCGUGACCUCCUCCUCGGACCCCGCAGAGCCCGGCAGCUUCCCCAGGUCCCCGCCAGGAGCAGCAGUGUGGAGCAGGCUCUAGCAGCAGAGGAGCGUGUGCUGCCGUUGCAGAUAAAGGUCCUCCCCUACAGGAGCUCAGGACAGUCCUCCUCCAGUCAGGACCUGCAGAGGGCGCUGAAGGACAAACGAGAGCUCUAUAAGGAUCAGAAUCAGAAGAGGAGCUGUGAUAAUGUGUCCCACAAGUCUUCGGACAGUGAUGUCAGCGAUGUGUCGGCCAUCUCUCCGCCACUCAGCACCAGCAGCGCCUCGCGAGUCAGCAGCACCAGCUACAUGUCCAUCCAGUCAGAGAGACCCCAGGGCAGGCACAGCCGGGCCGUGCGUGCGACGGAGAGGAUGAUGAAGAGCACCAGUGUGAGUGGGGAGAUCUACGGCAUUGAGCACAUACGGACGGCAGCCAAUCAGACACGGCGCUGGGCAUGCUGGGGGGCGGGACCAAGCAACGGCGCUUACCAGCCUCAGACCAACGAGUGGUGGCCAUCGUGGGAAUCCCCUCCAGACGCAGUCGCAGCACCUCCCAGAUCAGCCAUACAGAGGCGGCGGGUAAGAAGGCGGGCAAGUCUGGCAACAAGCUGCAGAUCCAGAGGAGCCAGGAGACGGGCAUGGCUGUGGAGUUUCCCCGCUCAGCCAUUAGAACCGGCAGGCCAGCCGAGAGUCCACCGACGGCAGCAUCAACAGCUACAGCUCCGAGGGGAAUCUGAUCUUUUCAGGGAUGCGUCUGGGCGCAGACAGCCAGUUCAGCGACUUCCUGGAUGGACUUGGCCCCGCCCAGCUAGUGGGCCGGCAGACUUUGGCCACACCCUCCAUGGGAGACGUCCAGAUAGGAAUGAUGGAUAA